AUGGCACUACAAACGAGUGGCUCCCUCUGUCUGCUGAUUCUGGUGCACGUAGUCGGAACAACGUCAGCCAAUGUGGAGACUUUGGCGAAAGACGUAAGGGUAAUGUACUACUUGAUCAACCACAACCCUGGAGGAUCUUACUAUGCUGCAAUAAUUCUCACAAAUAACGGAACUUCGUCAAUAGAUCACAGCGGUGACUGGAGUCUUUACGUUUGUCACGAAAAUCUUAUAGAAUUCAAACGAUUCGACAGCGACACUGGGGAGUAUGAAUUUCCAACCAGACGCGGUGGCUUUUCCUUGUCACACAUUGAAGGCUGCAUGUACAAAUUCACUCCCGAUCCAAACUCAUUUGGCACAAUCAACCCUGGUAGAAGUAGAUAUAUAACAUUUCUAACGUCAGCCUCUAUUACUGGUAAAUACGACAUCUUCCCAAACUUCUACAUAGCCAACACAACUAAUUCGGCAAAAGUUAUUCAAAAUACGAAAGCUGAUUUAAGUCGAGAGUUUGUUGGACCAUUCCAAAACCUUUUCCAGUACACAAGAAAUCCUCCACGAGAUCCUAUUCUCCCAGUAUCGCUGUCUAACCGUUACUCUGGCCUCGUGAAAAACAUCUACCCUAAAACAACACAGGGUGACAUUAUCCCGACACCACGUAUGAAGUAUGAAUCACCACAGAAGAAAGUAUACAUGAACUCGACCUGGAAAAUUGAUUCAAGAAAUGAUGCACGGAUAUCUGUAUUAAUGGAAUAUUUUACAAGUACACUGGAUAUGACUGAAACUACAACACCGCUGCUACAUAAUGUGAUACUUCUCCAGCUGAAAGCUGCUCCUGCAGUUGAGAACUACCAUGAAUGGUAUAACAUUACCAUAAGUGCCGAUCACUCUUACGUUCAUAUCGUAGGGAAUACCACCCAUGGUUUAUUAAAUGGGUUUCAAACAGUUUUACAUCUGAUCGAGAAGGAAGAGCACCCAAAACUUGGCAGACAGUUGGCAGUUCCUCAAAUGAAGAUUGUUGACUCUCCGCGGUUCCAGUACCGUGGACUUCAACUUGAUACAGCAUCUAACUUUAUUAAUAUGACAACACUGAAAAAAUUACUUCAUGUGAUGGCUUUUCUGAAACUCAACAAGCUCCAGCUAUUAUUGGCGAACGAUUACGGUGUCAGACUUGAGAUUACAACAAUGUCCCAUUUUCAUACGGUUGGUUCGACAAGAUGCCACGACGAAGCUGAAGAAUCGUGUUUGUUCUCUCAGUUGGGAUCAGAUCCUUCUGGAAAUGGGCUUGGGUCGGGUUAUUAUACUGCUAAGGAAUAUAUAGAACUCCUCUCUAUAGCGAAACGUCUACACAUUGAAAUAAUUCCGAUGUGGAGUUUUGACAGGAACAUGAGAGCAUCAGAAAUAGCCAUGCGGGCCUACAGUAAAGCCACCAACGACAACACUAUGAAUUGGAGUUUACCAACGUUGGAUAAAACAUCUCAACUCAAACCAAACCUUUUUAGACUUGGAAAAGUAGAUCCGUGUGCAGUGGAAACAGAAAGGUUUAUCAGAAACAUAAUAUCUACUAUAAAAUCAUAUCACGCUGAAGCCGGUUACCCUCUGAAGACAUUCGGAGUUGGUGGUGAGGACACGGAUGUAGAGGCAUGGCUUGAUAAGUGUAAUGCGAGAAACAAAACCAACAAUUUGAAACACCCAUACAUCAGAAGGAAGGUACAGUUUUCACAAAUGUUGUCAAAAGUUGCGACCGAUAAUGACCUUGUCAUCAACGCUUAUGAUAACAUGUUUACAGCAUUCCCGAACAAAUGCCUCGACCCAAACGAUUGUCCUAACUGGUUUGUGCCUUUCAAUAUCAGCAAGUGGUACCCAAAGAAUUUCCGGUUCACUGUGACCCAUAGGGAUCCCAGAGUCAUGUUCCUGACCAGACUUCACAUGCGUCCGUCAAACACCACAAACAUAACGGCGAUGGACAUAGAGACAAAGUUGAGGACAUUUAAGAAAAACGGAUACAAGUCAAUAAUAUCCAUGCAUGACAUACACGACCUGUCAAUCAAAGAAGAACCUGGUCCACACGUUCCGGGAGAUAUGCCUUAUGGAAAAGCACCUAUUCCACUUGAAGACAUAUACGGAACUUGGCCCGAAGCCAUGUGUUGCUCGAAGUAUGCAUGUCCUACGUCUGGCCCAGGAGGAUAUAGAUUCACACACAAUCAACCACCGCCUGUAUGCAUUGAGGAUCCAACGGACCAGGGGCCAUUAGGUAUGCAGGCUACAAUAACAACAACAAAAGUGUUGGAUGAAGAUUACCUGUUCCAACUCCUCUUCCCACGGUUAAUCGCCUUCGCAGAAAGAGCAUGGCAUCGUGCUUCAUGGGAAAACACUGUAAAGAGACCCCUUAAAAAUAUGACGGAAGCAGAAAUUGAAGAAAGGAAAGAUUUCCUGAAAUUCAAAGCUAUACUUGGAGCCAAAAUACUUCCGAAACUUGACAUGUUCAAGGUCAGCUAUUACUUAGCACCUCCCGGAGCCAUCCUGAAGAAUGCCACUGCAGAUGAAAACGACCCUGAUCGCACUGUAUCUUGGUUGACCGACUAUCCAGGUUUCAUAGCUCAAGUGAAGACAGAUUUCAUGGCUGACUUUGAAGACAUUGUUGACAGUAAGGUGUACAGGGGAAUGGUACUGGAAUUCAGGACUAGGAACAACGAUUCCUCACGAUUUAGUAGAGUGGAGCGAAUGUCAACACUUCACCCUGACCCUUAUGCGAGUGAGCAUCGAGCUAUUAUGCACAAUUUUACAAGAAGCCCGGCGCUAACUUUUCCAAUACAGUUGAUGUUUGGUCACAUCUCCGACCCUACUGGACAGUUAUCUUUCACAAUCACAGAUAACCUGCCAUUGUUCUACGACACAGAUUUCCAAAGGUACUUUAACCGGACUGGUUUCCUAGCCUUCCGUGAACGGAAGCCAAUGCUGCUAGCACAACAGCAGCUACAGAUAGCGAUUGUGGAACAGUAUCGUUGGGAAAGGCAACUAAGACUGCUAGCAGCUUCAAUGGCGAACCAGUCCGUCAGUGGUCAAGGUCUAAACUCUACCUCACAAAACCAAGUAGCCACUAGCAACAGAGACAUAUUCAGAAAUACACAAUUGUAA